UGAAUAUAUAUCAGCCAGCAUUUGCGUAGGAGGUCGGCCGACGUUCAUUUCAUAUUCCAGCGCCGUAUUUUGGUCCAAACGGGACGCGCAGUCACGUCUCCGCCCCGAUCCGUCCCGAGCGCCCUGCCUCUUCACGGAGAAUUUAAUCAGUAAAAAAAUGUUCUUUUUUUUCUUCCCUGCGGAGGAGCGCAGGAGACUCCGACGAGGAAAGGAAGCGGAGAAGUGAAUGACCACCAGCGGAAUAAGUCCGCAACGCCGCCCCGUUGGCGGACAUUUAGCACCGUGGGAACGCUUUUCACGGCUUUUAAAUGUAGAGGUUGAAGGCGUAACGAAGUGCGCACCGUUAUUUAUUUAGAGUCGGGGGACUUCUCAUCGGCAGCGCGGAUGGAAAGCGUGCAGGCUGAAAACGGCGCGUCGGAUGGAGCCGCGACCAAGUUAAUGAAGAAGACCGGCGGACUGCCCGUCACGCGGGGGACUCCGGCGGGUGAUGGCGGUGGACGUCCGGCACUCUCCCGCGCAGAGGCGAAGAGCGGCAACAGCGUCCCUCGGUGCGCCUCUUCUAGUGCGUCAAACCGCACCGUGGCGUCUAAUGGCCGGGGCUCGUCCAGCAACUCCAGUUCCCUCCUGUUGAGGCGGAGGCGCUCGAAGAGGAACCUCUCUGCCGCAGCUGCAGCCACCGCCUCAGCUGUCACCGCCACCCGGGGAGCCAAGAUCCCCUCGGCCCCGUCCUCUGGGUCUCUGCACACUCGGAGUCUGGACAGGAAGACUCUGCUGAAGCACCGGCAGAACAUGCAGCUGCAGCCCGCCGAUCGAGAGUGGGUGAGAGCGGAUCUCCACCGCGGCUCCGUGCACGUCCACGAGAGACGGACGCCCUCGUAUCCCAGGCCGGUUCUUUGCACCAUGGACACCACGGCCGGCGAGUUGGCGCUCCGGCUGAGCAAACUCUGCGGUAAGUCGAGCGCCGUCGUGCGCAGUUUUUGUAAGGAUAACCCCAAGACUGACCAAAAUGGCAACUGCAAUCUGAAGUACGACUACAACGACAACUCGGACGAGGCGAACGGAGACCCGAGUGUGCAAUGCAGCCACCGGACUCCCCUGGACCCCUCCGAGUUGCGGGGCCACCCGAGUGACCGGUUGCGACUGCUGCUCAUGGAGAACGCGGACGAGAGGCGAGAGCAACAGGACGUCGAUGGGCAACUUUUCACCCCGGAGUCAGAGUCGCGGGACAACAUCGCCUGCUCGCUGUCCGAUUUAAACUCCAAUUCGAACAUGGAUACCCCCAACGACGACGACGACUCUGAGCACAGGAACUGCUCGGACAGCUACGGGUUAAACUCCGGCUCGGACGUGGAGAGCAGCGCCUUUGACGACCUGAGCUCCGGGGCCCGGCUCAGCGAGCACAGGGACUCCCUCAGCGACGACAUGGUCCUGGGCACGGAGGCGUCCAUCCUCAGCCCCUCGUUUGACAGCGCCACGGAGGGACACGACACGUACGGCAGCUCCUCGGACGAGCUGGACCUCGACUGUCCCGCGCCGAGCUCCGGCGUGGACCCCGUCUCGCAGCGUCACGCCAACUACAAACCGCGUCACACCGGGCCACAUUUAGGCGACGGGGCGGCCGACGUGGGCACGGGGAGCGGACUGAACCCACGCAGUCUCAGCAGCAGCGCCGGCUCUACAGGUAACACACCUGAGGGCCCGCGGCCGGACAGUGGCCCCGGUGCGGAGAAGCCCGCGCUGACCGCGGGCCGCGACGGAGAUGGCUUCGGUUCCAGCCCCACGCUGUACGUGCAGAUGCACGGCGAGGCGGUCCGCAGGCUCGGUCCAGAUGAGAGGCCUCUGCAGAUCCAGAAUGACUUUCUCUUUAAGCUCGGAUUUAAGGACCCGUGGAGAGUUCAAGAGGAGGGACUCAACACGGAAAUUGGCUCCUUGUUGCGCUUCUAUGCAGGGAAGCCCCAAAGCAUCGAGAGCUCAGAGCGGGUCCAGCUGUCCGGGACAUACAACGUCCGGAAAGGGAAGCUCCAGCUGCCGGUCAACCGCUGGACCAGGCGGCAGGUCAUUCUGUGCGGCACCUGCCUCAUCGUCUCCUCUGUCAAGGAGAGCCAGAAGAUGCACAUCCUGCCGCUCAUCGGAGGAAAAGUGGAGGAAGUAAAGAAGCACAACCACUGCUUGGCUUUCAGCUCAGCGGGGCCUCAGAGUCAGACUUACUACGUCAGCUUCGACAGCUUCACGGAGCACCUGCGCUGGCACAGACAGGCCGCCAAGAUGGUGUCCCAGAGGAUCAACUCGGUGGAUCUGUCCUGCUGCAGUCUGGAGCAACUUCCCCCCAACCUCUUCUAUAGCCACGACCUCACCCACCUCAACCUCAAACAAAACUUCCUGCCUGCAGACCAGCGGCUGCAGCAGCUGCAGAGAUUUUCUCGUCUGCGAAGCCUCAACCUGUCCAACAACCACCUCGGUCAGUUCCCCCAUGCGAUCUGUGACAUCCCCACUCUGAUGGAGGUCAACCUCAGCUGUAAUUACUUAACCUGUGUCCCAAGCUCUGUGGGAGCCAUGGCCAAUUUGCAGACCUUCCUGUUGGAUGGCAACAGUCUAGAUGAGCUGCCCGUAGAGCUGGGUUCCCUCCAGAGGUUAAGUUACCUGGGCCUUUCCUUCAACCAGUUCAACCACGUGCCACAGGUGCUGGAGCAGUUGGCCGCCAUGGAGAAGCUGUGCAUGGCUGGAAACGGCCUCGACACACUCACCCUGCAGAAUUUCCGACUGCUCCGUGUCAAACACAUCGAUCUGAGGUUGAAUAAGAUCUCCAGCAUGGUGCCGGAUGAGCCGGACCUGCUGAGGCACGUAACCCAGCUGGACGUGAGGGACAACAGGCUGACGCACCUGGACGCCUCGGUCUUCCCCAGACUGGAGGUGCUUCACUGCGAGAGGAACCGCAUCGCCUCCCUCAAGGCCAAGGGGAGCUUGCUCAAAGGCAUCUACGCCGCCAACAACGAGCUCCGGCAGCUGGAUAUAAGUCCCGUGCCCUCUAAUCUUACUUACAUGGACAUCUCGAGGAACCGUAUGGAGUCCUUGCCAGACUGGCUGUGCGAGGCCAAGAAACUGGAAGUUCUGGACAUGAGCCACAACCUCAUCACUGAGCUCCCGGCGCGGUUGUUUUGCAGCAACAGUCUCAGGAAGCUGAGUGCAGGACAUAACCAGUUGCAGAAGCUUCCUGAAAGAGUGGAGCGCCCUCUGCUGGAGGUUUUGGACGUACAGCACAAUCAACUGGUGGAGCUGUCCAGCAACCUGUUCCUCAAAUCUGACAGUUUACGGUGCCUGAAUGCAUCAGCCAAUAAGCUGGAGCACUUGCCGCCAUCCAGCCUAUCGGAGGAGAGCAACAGCAUCCUGCAGGAACUCUAUUUGACCAACAACCGGCUGACGGAUAAGUGUGUUCCCCUCCUAACGGGCCACACACACCUUCGUGUUCUGCACAUGGCUUACAACCAUCUCCAGACCUUCCCAGCCAGUAAAAUGGCCAAGCUGGAAGAGCUGGAGGAGGUGGACCUGAGUGGAAACAUGCUGAAGACGGUGCCCACCACCAUCAUGAAUUGCCGGCGGAUGCACACACUCAUCGCCCACUCCAACGCCAUCGAGGUCUUCCCGGAGGUCAUGCAGCUGAUGGAGAUGAAAUGUGUGGAUCUGAGCUGUAACGAGCUGAGUGAGGUCACGCUACCGGAGAAUCUGCCACCCAAGCUCCAGGAGCUGGACCUGACUGGAAACCCCCGUCUCAGCCUGGACCACAAGACCCUCGAGCAGCUUAAUAAUAUCCGUUGCUUCCGUAUUGAUCCGCCUCCGACCUUUUCCUCCAACGAGGCAUCUGGUGGGCCUGCUGUGUGGAGUCACGGGUACACGGAGGCCUCGGGCGUCAAGAAUAAACUGUGUGUUGCAGCUCUUUCGGUCAGCAGUUUCUGCGGGAGCCGGGAGGCUCUGUACGGCGUGUUCGACGGGGACAGGAACGUGGAGGUGCCCUACCUGUUGCAGUGCACAAUGAAUGACGUGUUGGCAGAAGAGAUACACAAGACCAAGAGCGAGGAGGACUACAUGAUCAAUACUUUCCUCGUCAUGCAAAGAAAACUGGGAACUGCGGGGCAGAAACUGGGUGGCUCGGCAGCUCUGUGCCACAUUCGCCAUGACCCCACCGACCCCCGUGGCUGCUUCACCCUCACAGCCGCUAAUGUGGGCAAGUGCAAGGCCAUCUUGUGUCGCGAUGGAAAGCCUCUAUCGCUGUCGCUGCUUCAAAACGUGAGACUCGAGGAGGAAUACCGCAGGAUCAGGCAGCACAGAGCUAUCAUCACCGAGGACAACAAGGUGAAUGGCGUGACAGAUUCAACACGAAUUAUGGGCUACUCCUUCCUCUACCCAUCCGUCAUCCCUUGUCCCUACGUGCAGACCGUCACUCUCACCCCCCAGGAUGAGUUCUUCAUUCUGGGCAGCCGGGGCCUGUGGGAUGCCGUGUCGCCCGCCGAGGCCGUGGACGCAGUGCGAAAUGUCCCCGACGGCCUGGCCGCCGCUAAGAAGCUGUGCACGCUGGCGCAGGGCUACGGCUGCACCGACAGCCUGUGCGCUGUCGUGGUGCAGCUCAGCGUGAGUGAAGACUGCUGCUCCUGCUGCUGUUUGGAGCCUCCCCAGCCGCCUCCCAGCCCCGGCUUGGGGCCCUACCCCCCGUCGUCCUCCGCCGCCAAGGAGCGGCCCUCGGACGGCUCCCUCCCCGUGCCGCCUUCCUCCUGCAGUGAAAUCAGCAGCGAGAUCAGCACCAGCGAGAUGAGCAGCGAGGUGGGCUCCACGGCCUCAUCCGACGAGCCGCCGCAGAGCUCCUUGGUGCUGCUGCACGAGCAGCCCCAGCAUCCCCCCCUCCAGCAGCAGCCCCACCCGCUGUCUCUGCAGCACCCGCCGGCGCACACAGCCGCCCAGCCCUGCCAGUACCUGUUCCCAGCGUCGGAGCUGCCCGCAUCCCGCAGCUGCUGUGCCCUCCAUCCGGCCUGCUUAGCGGGAUCCUUUCAGAGGCAGCUGUCCAGUGCCACUUUCUCCAGCGCCCUGUCCGACAACGGGCUGGACAGCGAGGACGAGGAGCCCAUCGCCGGUGUUUUCUCCAACGGGAGCCGCGUGGAAGUGGAGGCAGACGUCCACUGCCUCAAAGCAGAGUCCGCCUCCUCCUCCUCCCCCUCCUCCCCAUCACCACAGACGUCACAACCCUCGUCUUCCAGCCGGGAGCAAACCAUGCCGACUCUGCCCCCACCUCCUCCACCGCCAUGCACCCCGGAGCCCCUAGAGGAAGGGAUCGACAUGAGCCCCGGAGAGGGUGAGAACGGGCUGGAGAGGGAUGAGUCUUGGCAAGCAGUUGGAGCAGCAGGAGGGGGGGACGGGGCAAAGUCUGCAGCCAAGAGGAGGGUUAAUGGGUCGGUGGCACGUCAGGAAAAGAGUCACAAUCUGAUCGAGGUGGCUGCUGACGCCCCCUCCAAGAAGUCCGGGGGCUACUUCACAGCUCCAGCACAGCCAGACCCAGAUGACCAGUUCAUCAUCCCGCCUGAGCUGGAGGAGGAAGUGAAGGAAAUAAUGAAGCAGCAUCAGCAGAAACAGCAGAAGCCGCCUGGGACCGACCAGCCAACAGACUACUACGACACCCCUCUCUGAACAACAACAGCACCACCCACAGCCUCAUCUCCAUCCCCCCUGCAGCAUGCACUGACGCCCACUGUACCAUGGACCUAACCAUCCAUUGUUCCCAUACGGACACAAACAAACACGUUUUCCUUAAGAGGCUGUACAAUGCACAUGGAAAAAGUUCGAUCAUACUUUUUCUACACAGCCUUCCUCGCUCCACACAGCCUCACGUUGAAGAACCAUGCACUGGACCGCGAUGCACCAAUUUCUACCCGGGAAACUCACAGAAUACAUCAAGCAAAUGAGCCCUUUAAUGACACGCAACCCUUUUGAAUGGCCUGUGGACGCCCCUCCUGGUGUCCAUGGUUGUGCCCCUCUCACGGACCGUGUUUUUACAUUAGACAACCAGCUGAGUACGUAACUGGUCUCUUUGCAAUAGUAUUAGCUUGCGACAACACUUGUUAAUAUGGAUAACAAUUCCAGGGUUGUUUUUUUUUUGUAAGAACUUAGCAUAUCUUUUAAUGUGAAAGCAAUGGGGUUGCCGAAAGAACUUUUUAAAACGGAGACUCGUAAUCAUUUUGUUAUCAGUGACUAUGUCGAAUGGUACAGCAGUGAUGCCACACUUAACUGUUUUAGAUAGGGCACUUAAACUACUGUAUUUCUUCAGUAAAUCAUGGCUCUUGGCCUGUAAAAUGGCAUAGAAAUUUUUUGUAGAAAUUUGAAAUACUAACUCCUAGGAGUUGCAUACUCUUUAUGGUGACUCAGUCACUUUUACUAAUCUUCUCUGAGAGAAAAGGUGAUUUUUUUUCUUCCAAUGACUGUAAAUAAGAGAAAUAUUGUAUACUGAUGCUUUUAAAGGAACUACGUACCUGUGUGUCGGUGAAGGUUUUAGUGGUGGGGAGGAAAAGAGGUUCACAAAGAGUUUGCUGUUAUGGAGGUGUCACACCCACACCCCCUUUAUCUUACAAUGUUGACCUACAAAUACUACACACGCACACAUACACACGUAGAAAUGUAUUUGUGCAAUUACAGGUCAGAAAUCCCAACAUUCCAUGCUAUAUACCUCCACAAAGGUGCCAUGGUCUGCUCCACUUUGUUUGAUUGUGAUGUCCUGUAGUCAUCACGGUAUCUAAUGAACACUAAUAGACAAAACUUUUUGCAUGCACGCACAUACACAUACAUAACACGGACACUGGCGCAUAAUAUUAGUCCCACCUCCCUCCUACGGUAACUGUUAUCACCGGCAUGACUGUGUCAAGUUCAGUAAUACAAAACAAAUGUAUCCACUUGGAAAAGAGACAACACAGAUGUUCCUGUCUUUGUUAUAAUAAAUUUUAAAUUUGUGAAUAUAAGUCAUGUGGUUUUAAUUUGUUUGUUAGGGUCCUCGCUACGACUAGUCUUGGAGGAACUUAUUGUAUUUCAAGGAAUUAUUAUUAGGGCCUGAGCCAACUGAAAGUCGGGCGAAAGCCCUAUUGAAAUUGCAAGAAUUCUUAUUAUUAUUUCGCCACUUCGAUCGCACUUUUGGGGACUUCAUCAUGUUCAAAAACUCUUGAAUUUGUCCACGCGCUUCAGAAGUGUAUAAUUAUGCAUUAAAAAAGAUGUUACAUAAACCCAUGGCACUAUUGCCAAAGAAACAAAUAAAUUCCUAAAACCCAAACAACAAGAAUGCUUAUCCCUCUCCGUCAGAGAGGUCUCCGCCCCAUCUCUUCCGGAGAGCUUGAUAGCAUUUCAUACAUUUAUUAUUCAUCAAUAUCAUUCAUUCUGACGCGUCUCCUAAAUAACAAAAGCCAGAAACAUGCAAUGCA